CCUGUGGUGUUUACAACUUAUUAUCUCUUUUCAUUUUUAUGUUUUUCUUCAAAAUCGAAGCUCGGAUUUUGGGAAGAGCGCGAAGAGCUAACUAACCGAGAGAGCGCGGCUCGCAAAGUGUGUGCGUACGUUCCUCCUCUCGCCCAGACACAAUGGGAACCGGCGGCUCGCGGCAAGUGUUGAAACUCGUGGCAAUCGCUUUAUCGUUUGUGCGGACUUAUCAACUUGAGAUAGCAGCAGAGAAUUCUAUUACCAUGGCCGACAGCAGUAUUGACGCCCAAUUUGUGCAGCAGUCGAACGAUUUCGCCGUUCAACUCUACAAGCAAGUGAGUGCUAAAAACGCAGGACAGAAUGUGGUCAUUUCGCCGCUAUCGAUUAGCGGUUGCCUCUCUUUGGCCGCUAUGGGUGCCGGUGGAUUAACGGCUGAAGAACUGUUCGGCGGAUUGCGAUAUGGAAAGGCUGACCGGAAGCAGCAGGUUGCGGAAUCGUACGGACGGCUCAUGCAGCGUCUCGCAACGGACAAAACGAUCGCCAUGGCCAACAAACUGUACGUGAAGGAGGGUUACCAGGUGAAAAGUUCCUUCAACGAAGUGGCCUCGGGCAGCUUCCAGUCCGAAGCUCAGGCCCUUAAUUUCACACAGAAUGUGGAAGCCGCAAAGACGAUCAAUGAUUGGGUGGAAGGAAAGACGAACAAGAAGAUUCAGGAUCUUAUCGCACCCGAUAUGCUAGACGAUCUGACCCGUAUGGUGCUGGUCAAUGCGGUGUACUUCAAAGGAACCUGGGCGUAUCAGUUCGAUCCCGCUCGUACCCGCCCGAUGCCAUUCUGGAUUAGUGCUACCGAAUCACGGGACGUGCCGAUGAUGAACAUCAAGAAGCACUUUGCGUACAACAACUUUGAGGAUAAGGGAUUCUCCGCCCUGGAGCUUACCUACAAUGGAAGCGGUGUGACGAUGCUGGUGCUGUUACCGAACGAACGUGAUGGACUAGCGGCACUGGAGGAGAAACUGCCGAGCCUGAAUCUAGCCGAAAUUACCUCGCAAUUGCAUAAGCAGGAGGUCGAAGUAUUUCUCCCCAAGUUCAAGAUCGAAUUCUCGCUCGAUCUUAAUGAUGAUUUGACCGAGCUCGGUAUGGGCCGAAUGUUUAGCGAUGCGGCCGAAUUUCCCGAUUUGCUGGAAGGAAACGAACCGCUCAAGGUUUCGAAAGUCGUCCACAAGGCAUUCAUUGAGGUGAAUGAAGAAGGAACCGAAGCUGCUGCCGCUACCGGAAUGGCAAUCAUGGCCAUGUGCUUGAUCAUCUCGGAGCCGCUGGUGUUUAAGGCAGAUCAUCCGUUCCUCUAUGCCCUACUGUCACCAGAAAAGAGUGCCUAUUUCCUAGGCAAAAUGUCCAACAAGGCCUAAAGUGGCACUGCUAAACCAAAGCACAAAAGUAUUUAAAAUAACUACCUCGAAGGCAACAUAUUUUUGAAGCAAUGUAGUCGAAACUACCUAACGAAAGGUACCGCAACGCAGACUUACUGACAUUCGUGAUAUACAUUUGUUUUUAUCAAUAGUUAUUCGUGCCUUAUGUAAACAUUAAAAAACGCCUAGGGCGAAAGAAGUGCUCUUAUUUAGAAAUGCUUUCAUUAUUCACUCUUCGUAAUGACAAUAUAUAGAAGUAAACAAGUAAAACUA